GCUGUUGAUGAUGCGGCAGUGCCACACUUGAAAAGUUGAAAACAGUCAUCAGCACGCAUCGCAUCGACAGCAGUACACUGUGUGAGUAUACUUACUCAGUACACUAGCCAGGCCAGGCCGGUCCCCAGGAGGCAGGGAUCAGUUCACUAUAUCCACACGUAUAGUUCAUCCUUAAUUCAUCACUGCGAAGGUGCGGAGGCCCUAACCUCCAAACGUAAACAUUGCAAUGGCAAAUCCAUCGAUAAAUGCUUCUGUCUCGCAAAUUUUAAAGAAUGCAAGCAUUUUGGAAGACGAACCGCGAAAGAAGAGCCGGGAAGACUGGAGGAAGGCAAAAGAGCUCGAGGAAGCCCGGAAAGCUGGUACGGCCCCAGCGGCCGUCGACGAAGAGGGAAAAGAUAUUAACCCCCACAUACCCCAGUAUAUAAGUGCAACGCCGUGGUAUUUCGGAGCCAGCGGACCAACGCUAAAGCAUCAGAGACCACAGCCGGAGAAACAGAAGACUUUUAGUGAGAUUGAUCAGUGGUACAAAAAGGGUCACACAAAUAAAGUAGCCACAAAGUGGAGAAAGGGAGCAUGUGAAAAUUGUGGCGCUAUGGGCCACGGCAGAAAGGACUGUUUUGAGAAGCCAAGAAAGGUACUGGCUAAGUUCACAAACACCAAUAUUGCACCGGAUGAGCAUGUUCAGCCAAAUCUAUCGCUAGAUUAUGAUGGAAAACGAGACAGGUGGGCUGGUUAUGAUCCAUCAGAACACAAAGCAAUUAUUGAAGAGUAUCAGAAAGUAGAAGAGGCCAAGAAACAGCUUAGAGCUGAGAAACUCAAUUCAAAGGAAGAGGAGGAAGAAGAAGAGGAGCAGGAUUCUGAUGCAGACGAAGACAAAUACGUAGAUGAAGUGGACAUGCCUGGUACAAAGGUUGACAGCAAACAGCGUAUUACUGUCAGGAAUCUUCGUAUCAGAGAAGAUACAGCAAAAUACCUGAGGAACCUGGAUCCAAACUCAGCUUACUAUGAUCCAAAAACGCGUUCAAUGAGAGACAACCCUUAUGCUGGUACAGAUAGAGAAGUCGAUUACAAAGGAGAGAAUGCGGCUCGUUUUUCAGGAGACACGCGGAAUCACGCGAACGCUCAGUUAUUUGCGUGGGACGCGCAUGAGAAGGGCGUCACUGUGCACUUGCUAGCUGAACCCACGAAAGUCGAGCUUUUGAAGCAGGAAUUUGACAAGAAGAAAGAGGAACUUAAAAGCGAAGCACGCGGUACAGUCAUUGAAAAGUACGGCGGUGAAGAACAUUUGAAUGCACCACCACCUGCCCUUUUGUUGGCACAAACGGAAGAAUAUGUUGAAUAUUCACGUACUGGAAACAUUAUCAAGGGACAAGAGAAACAAGUAAUAAGAUCCAGAUAUGAAGAAGAUGUAUAUGUCAAUAAUCAUACAUCAGUUUUUGGAUCAUACUGGCAUGCAGGACAGUGGGGCUACAAAUGCUGCCAUUCAUUCAUAAAGAAUUCAUACUGUUGUGGUGAAGCAGGUAAAAGAGCUUUCAGAGAUGCGGAAAACUAUACCAGAGGUGUUGUUCAAGAGGAAGAAAAAGAAGAGCCUGAAGCACAAACAAGCAAAAAGGCUAAUGACCAAGAGGAAAAGCUCGAAGACAAACCAAAAACAAGUAAGAAGGCUAAAGAAUCUGAAAGCGAAUCUUCAAGUGACUCCUCAAGUGAAUCCGAAGACGACACAAGAACUAAGACUGAACGAAAAUCUAAGAAAGAGAAACGCAAGAACAAGAAGCAAAAACAAAAGGAGAAGAGAAAGAACAAGAAGAAGGAUGGAAAGGAAGUUGAAGAUAAGUUAAAGGAAGCUCUUAGGAAAGAGGAAGAAAAUCAGAGAGAAGCUGAAAGGCUACUGAAGAUGGACGAGAGAAAGCGGCCAUACAACAGUAUGUAUACCGCGACAGAACCAACAGAGGAAGAAAAAGAAGCUUUCCAAAUGAAACGCAUGAGGGAAGAGGAUCCCAUGGCCCAGUUCAUGGGAAAAUAAAAACUAUUUAUUUAGCUAGUAAUAGAAUAAUUUUAUUUUGAUCAUUUGCAAUCAUUUUGUUGUUACUCAAGAGCAGUUAAAAUUAAUGAGAUUGGUGAUUGUAAUGUUGACUCCAAAGGCAACAAAUUACUUUGUAUACUGAAAAGCUUAUUGUUAAGUUAAGAAUUGAAUUGGCUUAGCUUCAUAAUAACUGAUACUGUUGAAAGAAUCAACUUACUGUAAAUAGUUUUUUUUUAUGUUCAUAACAGAAACGUUGUGUAAAUAGGAUAACAGAUUACUAGAAUGUUCGAUUGAUGUAUUAUAAUCAAUAAUCAUGCAGAAAAUGAACAGUAUAAUAAAUAAAACUACAUAUUUAUGUAA